AUGUUGAGGUGGAGGGAGAAGAGCCCGGGGUUGAAGAUCCUCUGGGUGUGGACCUUCGGAACUGCCGCAGGUGAUCCCCCCACCCCCUGCUUCCACUUCUGCUGUAUCUCUCAUGGCCGCUCUCUCUCACCUCCUCCUCCGCCGUCUUCUUUCUUCCUGCUCGCCCUUCUCCAACUCGAUCGCCAGUUCUCGUCACCAGCGUCGUGGGAACGCGGUUGCGGGACAUGGAGAAGCUCCUGAGGGAAGAGGAGGAGAAGUCCUUGCGAUCCCAACAAGACGGGGUCGCCGCCGCCGCCACCGCUCAUUCUUCCGAGUGA